CCAGGCUCGGCCCCUCCUUCCACACGGCUGGGAUCUUGGGCCGGGCAGCAGGAUAGAGGCUGUCUGAGGCGGGGAGCAGCUGCUUUCGGGGCGGGGGUAGGGGUGUCACGUGAGGCUUCUCGCAGCUGAGGGAAGAGGCGAAAAGCUGCAGUUGAGGAGAGUCGGGUUUAACCGUCAACGGGAAGCGCGCUUGUUCUGGCUUGCGGAGUGGGCUGAGUGAAUUCCUAAGAAGAAAAUAAUGGAUUGUAUAUUAGUUGUUCUCUGAGUGAGUGUUUGGACUCAACAGUGUGCAAGCUUGUUCAAAAGCCGAAAGAAGAUGGCAACUCCUUAUGUCCCAGUUCCUAUGCCCAUAGGAAACACUGCUUCCAGUUUUACAAACAACAGAAAUCAAAGAAGCUCUUCUUUUGGCAGUGUCUCAACAAACUCAAAUUCUUCUAAAGGCCAGUUAGAAGACUCAAAUAUGGGUAAUUUUAAACAGACAAGUGUUCCUGAUCAAAUGGAAAAUACUUCAUCUGUCUGUAGCAGUCCCCUCAUUAGGACUAAAUUUACAGGUGCAGCUUCUUCCAUUGAGUAUUCUACUAGAGGAAGAGAAACUGAAGAACAAAAUCCUGAAACCGUGAAUUGGGAAGAUAGACCAUCUACACCUACUAUACUGGGUUAUGAAGUGAUGGAAGAAAGAGCUAAAUUUACUGUGUAUAAAAUACUAGUAAAGAAAACCCCAGAAGAAAGCUGGGUAGUUUUCAGAAGAUACACUGACUUCUCCAGGCUUAAUGACAAACUAAAAGAGAUGUUUCCAGGUUUUCGACUAGCACUUCCUCCAAAACGCUGGUUUAAAGAUAAUUACAAUGCCGACUUUUUAGAAGAUAGACAAUUAGGAUUGCAAGCUUUUCUUCAAAACUUAGUAGCUCACAAGGACAUUGCUAACUGCCUUGCAGUGAGAGAAUUUCUUUGUUUGGAUGAUCCACCGGGUCCAUUUGAUAGCCUAGAAGAAAGCAGGGCAUUUUGUGAAACUUUAGAAGAGACUAACUACCGCUUACAAAAAGAACUACUUGAAAAACAAAAGGAGAUGGAAUCACUAAAGAAACUGCUUAAUGAGAAGCAGCUUCAUAUAGACACUUUAGAGAAAAGAUUCAGAACAAUGUCUUUAGAACCUAAAGAAUCACUGGACGUGUCAGAAACAGAAGGUGAACAGAUCCUAAAGGUGGAGUCCUCUGCACUUGAGGUUGAUCAGGAUGUCCUGGAAGAAGAAUCUAGAGCUGAUAAUAAACCAUGCUUAAGUUUUAGUGAACCUGAAUAUGCUGUAUCAGAGAUAGAAGUAGCAGAAGUGGCGUAUGAUGCUGAAGAAGACUAAUAUACCACAAGCAGUCCCCUCCAUUUAGACGAUUCAGCAAAUUUAGAAGAGUGGCAAAUACUAUCUUAAAAGAAAAAAAGAAUUGUAAAAUAUAUGGAAAGAGCAAGAAUGCACAUGUAUGAAGUUUACAUAAAGAAGUUUUUUUAAGUUAUUGGGAUAGGAAAUGUAUUCACUGCUGCUUUUAAUUGUGUUUUAUCUAAUUAUAUUUAAUACACUAAAAAAAAUCUUGUUAGAAUUCUGUUAUCAAGGCUCAUAUUCUUAAAUACUGUGCAUAAAUUAUUAUGGUGUUUUGCCUAUAU